CGCGCCUGGUUGCUAGGGGCAGAGGCGCGGGAGCCGGUGGAAGCUGCAGAUGCCAGCUUCUCGUGCCUGCGGGCCUUGGUGCCAGCCCGCCGAUUCAGAAGUAAAUACAUUGCAUCUGGGAUGUACCUUGAGAUUAGGAAGUAGCUGUCAGACUAGUUUCCAGAGUCUGAAUGAACUACAGAUCAUCAAAUACAACGACUCUCCAAGAAGACCUGUUGCUUCGGGGGGAACACACCUCCCAGAGACUGCAAGGGAUGCUAUUACUGAACUGCCAGUUGAAACCAGCUCUUCCUCAGAAGGUUUGCUGUAUGCUCUGGGCUGUGAUGGGGAAACUGCAGAGCAAACUCAGACACAGCACUUACAAAUACAGCAGGCCUGAUGGACUUACAGAAGAGAGAGUUCAGAUUAAAGCGUCCCAAGAGUACAACCCUGCUCACGUGGAUGCCGUCUCUGUGGUUGCUACUCUGAACUCAGACCUUUGUGUCUCUGGAGGAAAAGACAAGACCGCUGUGGCCUACAAUUGGAAAACUGGACACAUGGUGAAAAGGUUCAGAGGACAUGAGCGGGAAAUCACUAAGAUAGCCUGUAUUCCCAAAUCAAACCAGUUUUUCAGCGCCUCUCGAGACAAGACAGUCAUGAUGUGGGACCUGCAGGGCUCCUCCCAGCCCAGACAGCAGCUCUCUGGCCAUGCUAUGGUAGUCACUGGCUUGGCUGUAAGUCCAGACUCAUCACAGCUGUGCACCGGCUCUCGGGACAACAGCUUGCUUCUGUGGGAUCUGGGUACUGGACAGUGUGUGGAGAGAGCGUCUAUCUCCAGGAACCUGGUCACUCACUUGUGCUGGGUCCCCAGAGAGCCAUAUGUACUCCAGUCCUCAGAGGAUAAGACCAUCAGGUUAUGGGAUAGUCGGGGGCUUCAGAUGGCUCAUAUGUUUCCCACAAAGCAGCAGAUCCAGACCCACUGUGAUGUCAGCGUGGACGGACACACGUGUAUCUCCUGCAGCAGCGGCUUUGGGGGUGAAGGCUGUGAAGCCACAUUAUGGGACCUAAGGCAGACAAGAGACAGAAUGUGUGAGUAUAAAGGGCAUUUCCAGACAGUUGCAUCCUGUGUCUUUCUACCAAAAUCCAUGGCCUUGAUGCCUAUGAUUGCUACCUCAGCACAUGACUCUACGGUGAAGAUCUGGAACCAAGAUACUGGAGCCUGCCUUUUCACCUUGUCCCUGGAUGGAUCAGGACCCUUGACCUCCCUGGCUGUUGGUGAUAUCACUUCCUUGUUAUGUGCCAGUUUCUACAAAGGAGUUCAUUUACUCAGAGUGGACCACAGCCGAGGGCUGGAACUUCAGGAAGUGGCAGCCUUCUGAAGCCAAGACAUUGACUGGACAAUAUCAAACCAUGGCCCUUCUUUUCUGUGUGGCUUUGUGUUUUUCCACAUGAUAUUGGGAAGUGGGGUGCAGGGCUGGUGUUCUUUUCUUAGGGCCACUUAGAAGGCAUGUUAGGGUUAGAUGUUGGUUCAAGUCCAGUGAUUCAAAAAUCAGGGUGUUUAUCUUGUUUGUUUGUACCAGGAUCACUCUAUGGCCCAGGCUGGCCUUGAGCUCAUAGCAACCCUCCUGCCUCAGUCUCCUGACUGCUGGAAAUAAAGGUAUGAGCCAGCAUGCCCAAGAAAAUUCAGGUUUAGAAACAUGGACUCAAUAUAAAGUUCUUGAUCUCAGGUAAAUCUGAAUGGAGUUUUUAGUGAGCUUUUGGGACUACUCUUCAAAACAAAUGUACUUAUUGCUCAAGAUGAUGAGUUGGAGGCCUCUGUGAGAAUGAAAACAUGGGCUGGGGUCAUGACUUUCUCCAUGUCUUCAUGAAGGACAAAUGUUUCAAGACAGAUCAAGCUGGUAGUAGUGUUGUCUCAUAGAGGAAGUGUAUGGUGGACAGUGAGAUUAAACGCAGUCACCCCAAAGCCACUUAGGGCCAGGGAGUACAAGCCCUGGCUUUGUCCUGGGCAACAGAACAGGAGGUAGGAACUCCCACCAUCUACCUUUCUGGGCCAGUGUUGCCCAGGGGUCAUGAAAGCAAUCACAAGGACACUGCCCCAUAUUAUAGGAGUUAUUAAGCCUGUCCCAUGUACCAAAAAGCAGAGGGGAUGGGAGACUAUGGCCAAGAGAUAAUGCAUUUGUAAUUUGAAUAUUUUUAUUCAUAUAAAAAACAUUACACACCCACAUUCUCCCUACCUCCCACUCCUGGGGAUGGCCAGAGGCAAGAAGUCAUCUCUGGAACAUAGAACGAGGAGCACAGAGGGAUGACUGCCUUUAUAGCUGCUGGCCCCUGUCUGUCUGUGUUCAGGGCUGGCCACCAUUUUCUCUCUCCCUCCUGCUAUCAGGGUCAGAGGGAGAGUGUGUUCUUGAAGGCAUGACCUGAGUGAAGUUCCAUGGGGGCUUACCUUGAGAAAGUUAUGAAAUCUCCGGUUCCUCACAUGUAAUAUGGUACUCAGUGUCAGGACAAGCUACCAGGGAGUCAGUCACUCAUUAUCUUGUCUGGACUGAAUGCUCUUUCAUAAUAAACAUUUACCAUUCCUUCA